AUUAAUUAUGCUUCCGCAAAGCAUCAUGUUCAUUGCCCUAUAAAAUCAUCUCUCGUUCACUGAUACCAAUCAAACAUCAACCAAUAUCAAAAACUAAAGCAAAUAUGGCAAAGUCUCUUUACAUUGCAAUGUUUGUAUCUAUAGUAAUGUUCUUCAUGGCAAAUUCAAUUUCUUCCAAGGAAAUUGGUCAAUAUUCACAAGAGGCACCAGGAGAUGUAAAGAUAUCUCCCACAUCGGAUUUUGAUAUUUACGUCGAAUCUCCCGAUGAAUCUCUAUUUGAAGAAGUCGAUUCACCCGCAAUGGAAUAUGAGAUGAAGUCUGGACAUCAUUACACACACAAACAACUUGGUUUUCUUGAGGCUUGCUUUCAAAAUCUAAACUCAUUAGACUGUGGAGAUAAUAUUUUCAAGAACAUGUUAGAUGAGGCAGCACAAGUAUUAUCAAAUGAAUGUUGUCAUGAUCUAUUAAAGAUUAGCAAAGAUUGUUACCUAGGAAUGACUCAAAGCAUUUUAUCGAGUUAUGAGUAUAGAUUUAUUGCGUCUAAGGCUAUUCCCAAAAGUAAACAGACAUGGAAUGAUUGUGUUCUUAGAGUUGGGAACCUGAUUGGUAGCCCAAUCGCUUUUGAGGAACUACACUAAUUGAUGUUCCGGUGUGCUGAUGUUUUAUAUAUGUGAUUUUGUAACUCAGGCGUUAUGAGACUUACCAUUAUAUAAAUAAAGCUAAAGAUCUUUUACAGAUCUUAUAUUAGUAUACGAGACUCAUUAGAGUAACAUGAAAGCUGAAUCAACUAUCAACAUUGGUGGUAUUUGUCUUUAGGUUUCUUUAAUGGAUAUAGAUGUUUGGGGACAACGCUAGCAGCUCUUAGUAAUUCCGCAUAUUUAUGGACUAUGAGCUCUUCGCUCUAAAUUACACAAUCCGACCCACCAUUUCAGAUAUCAAUACUCGCAAACCCAGUAGAGUUACAGUCUCUAUUGUACUUCUCCUUGCAUUCCUUCAGCCUGAUUCUCUUAUCCACAAUGGUUAUACUUGUCUCUGACAACGAUCAUGUUCCUCAAGAGCAAAAAACCAUCUAGGUCUCCGCAGCUCAGUGGCGAGCCUCUCACACAACCAUUGAACACAUCUACCAAAGCAAAUGACGUGGCAUUCUUGGGAAUGAAACCUUUGAUACAGUUACAUGUCAGUAUCGUGCUAAUGUUAUAGUAAACAUUUUAUUAUCAUAUUUUUAAUACUAAUGAGGCAUGAUUUGAUUUUAAUUUGCAUAUUUUAUCUCUUAAUCCUGGAUUAUAUAUAGUUUUCAGCAGACAAGAAAAUGUUAUUUCCACAUUCUAUGACUUGUUUUUAGACUUUCAUCAAUUCAUUACAACAUAUUAUUGUUAUUAGUCGAUAACUUUGACUUAACCACGUGAAUUUUAUCCCAAAAAAAACUUAACCACCUAAAAUCUAAUUUUUUUUAUAAAGAAAUUAGUUUUUGAUCCGCGUUUUGCAGAUUUAUUUUUCAUUUUUAUAUGUUUAUAUCUUUGAGAAUGCCAUGAAAUUGACCGUGUGUUUCUAUUGUGUUUAGUUUUUGGUCUUUCUAAUUUUUGAGAUUAUUUUUUCUUUAAACGAUGCCCGGGUUAUUAUUAAUUUUAUUUGAUAAAUUAAACAUUGAAAUAUAAUUAGAAUUCGAAGUAUACUUUUAGGUUUUAUCAGUUUUAAAGAUGGUCAUUUGAUUUGAAAUUUGUAUAAAAAUUCCAACUUUUAUUUUGGAAUUUUUAAAAGAAAUAUAUGUUUACUGAUGUGUGGUAUAUUUUAAUAAGAUAAAUAUAUUAAUAUAAUAUGGCAUAGUAUUAUGUAGAUAAUUAAAAUUUAUAUUUACAAUUAUGUAAUAUAAAACUAUAGAUAUUAUUGAAAACUAUAAUAUUUGUUGUAAUAUGAAUUAGUUUAAAUUAUGUACAACUAUCUGUGCAAAAUUACGUAGUUUGUAAAUGUGUAUAUGUGAUAAAACUAUAAUAAUACAUACUAUAUUUUAACUAAUAUUGGUUUAUAUAUCUAAUAUAUUUAAUUGUGUAUUUCAUAUUAAUCAAAAAUAUAAAAGAUUUAAAUUAGACAGAAACCGUUCAAAAAUAAAUAUAGUUUUUCAUUUGACCCGCAAUUUCAAAAUGCGAGAUGUUUUAUAAAUAAUUAACAUAAUCUUUAAUUUUGGAAAUGAUAUAUGUUUUUGAAUUAUUUUACGUUUUUUAUAUUACCAUUAACAUUUAUUUUAAAUUUUAAAUGAGAAAUGAUUUUGUAAUUGUAACUAAAAUUUAUAUAAAUGUAACUUAUGAAAAUUAAAAAAAAUGUAACCAGGAUAAUUACCAAAAAUAGCAUUUUGAAUAUACCACUUUUCACUUCUACUUUAUUCAACUUUGCCAUUAAACUUUUAAUUGGCAAAUGACUAUUAUAUCCCUAAUUAAUUGAACCUAAACUAUUCAAUUAGAUAGGUUAUAUAUUCUUCCUCCAUGUGAGAUCCGGCGAGCUCCGGCAAAGGACGAUGAUUGGAGAUUAUUGGGGAUACUGUGAACAAGAACGAGGAACAUAUCUGGAAAUAUGUAAAUGGGAAGAGAUUUCUACACAGAUUAGAUUAAUGAACAUGAUAUCAGAUUCAUUGACAUCUUGUACUGAUUCCAAUUUUGUCUCGUGCUUGUUAUUCCUGGCUUUUAAUGUUUUGGUGUUGAUGUAUCUGAUAGAGCAAGUGGAAAGAGGAGCUGGAACAAGCGGAAAGACCGAGAAAAUAAAAGUAACCAAUAAACAUGGACACGUUAAGGAAGAAACUGACUCCAAUGAUUCAGAGUUUUGGAUGCUUAAGUCAAGUUUUGGUUCAGAGUCAGAGUAGGAGAGUGAUGAAGAAAACUGCAAAGGUUCUCAUUGUGAUGCCAGAUAAUAUGAGGAGCUCUCAGAAAGAGCAAAGAGGAUGUCAAUAGAGAUUGGACCAAGUAUGAUCAUUACGGCAGCGCCACUAUGAUCAUGAGGCAGUCUUUGGAAGAGCAGAUGAGUUCUGUUACGGAGAAGAGUGCUAAGUAUGCUCAGAUUGCUGCUGAGGAAGUGCCCAAGAGUCUUUACUGCCUUGGUGUUCGUCUCACUACUGAGUGAUUUCAGAACUCGAGUUUUAGGGGAAGCUCGCGGAGAGAAUCUAUGUUGUGGCUUCUAAUCUCACCGAUAACAGUCUUUACCAUGUCUAUGUGUUUUCUAAUAACAUUGUUGCUACUUCGGUUGUGGUUAACUCCACUGCUCUCAAAUCCAAGGCCCCUGAGAAAUUCGUCCUUCAUCUUGUCACUAAUGCGAUGAAGUCAUGGUUUGCUAUGAAUAUGAACUUCUUAAUUGAUUCCGGCUUGGUUGAUUCAGUAUGUGGAAAUUGCAGGUGACGAGUGUGCAAUCUUCGCUGUUUUUAGAAGCAGCAUUUGCGUCAAAUGAUAUGCAGCAUUUGGCUGCAAUGUUAAGGGUCUUGUCGGAAUUGAUUCCAGGAUUCAAAGAAACUACCGAGUAUUACACAUUCUAAGGUCUUCUUAAUGAGACCAGUUCCCCAGUUGCUGUCUGAGAUUUAACAUCUCUUACCUUAUUUAUGUUCAAUAACUUAGAUAAUAAGAAAUUUCGUUGAUAAUAUUUCAAUUUAUGUAUGUUUCAUUCAAAGAAAACAAUGAUUAGUUUUCUCAAAUCAGUCUUCUUAUUUGUUUGAGUUAAGAUCUUCCAAACUUAUGUUUUUUUGUAAUUCAGGAGUAACAAAAUGAAUAUAGUCUAAAUCUGGAUCUAA